CAAAGCCUCACAGGAAACAGCUAUAUCAGAGUCCCUUCAGCAAAAUCUUGCUGGAGUAUGCAAUAGUGUCUUCUGAACAAUUUUUGAUGUGACUAAAAGUGUUUUACAUUGCCCUUAAUCUUCCUCAUUUAUAAAUUUUAUAUUACAAUGAUACCUUCUCGGUAUAAGUACAUUUUCAUAGUAAUUAUUAUUGGUAAUCUUACAAUUUCAUCUAACCUUUUACUGACUUUUGUAUUGUUUUAUGUUUUUGUUUUGUUUUGUUUUUUGUUUUCAUUAUUUGUUUGUGAAACAGUUUCAUAUAGUUCAGGUUGCGGGUCAUUCUGACUCUUCAAUUUCUCACUCUUUGCCUUCAGCUCCUCAGUGCUGGGAUUACAGGCUAAUUGCUGCUGUGUCCAGCUAAGUUUCAUCACUAUGCUUUUCUAUUCAUUUAUUCAUGAUUAUUAAAUCAUGCUUUGAAAGAAUUCAUGGAAAUAGAAGUGAGUGAAAAUGUGUUACAAGUUCACUUAAAUGGACUCCUGCAGACAAAUGAAAAAAUUGCUCUGAAAGAGAUCACAAGACAAUUAAAUCUAGACAAUGUAGUUGGAGAUAAAGUUUUUGGAAGCUUUGCUGAAAACCUUUCAUUUCUUCUGGAAGCUUUGCAAAAAGGUGACCGGACUAGCAGUUGUCCAGUGAUCUUCAUACUGGAUGAAUUUGAUAUUUUUGCUCAUCAGAAAAAUCAAACACUCCUUUAUAAUCUUUUUGAUAUUUCUCAAUCUGCACAGACACCAGUAGCAGUUAUUGGCCUUACAUGUAGAUUGGAUAUUUUGGAACUCUUAGAAAAGAGAGUGAAGUCACGAUUUUCUCACCGACAGAUUCAUUUAAUGAAUUCAUUUGAUUUUCCACAAUAUUUGAAAAUAUUUAAAGAACAAUUAUCUCUACCUGCAGAAUUCCCAGAUAAGGUUUUUGCUGAGAGAUGGAAUGAGAAUGUUCACUGUCUCUCUGAAGAUUCAACUGUGCUUGAAGUUCUACAGAAACAUUUCAGUGUCAACAAAAACUUGCAGUCAUUACAUAUGCUAUUGAUGCUUGCUUUAAAUCGAGUAACCGUAUCACACCCAUUUAUGACUUCAGCAGAUCUGAUGGAGGCACAGCAUAUGUGUAGCUUGGAUUCUAAGGCGAAUAUUGUUCAUGGUCUGUCAGUCUUGGAAAUCUGUCUUAUAAUAGCAAUGAAACAUUUAAAUGACAUAUAUGAAGAGGAGCCGUUUAAUUUUCAAAUGGUGUAUAAUGAAUUUCAGAAAUUCAUUCAAAGAAAGGCCCAUUCUGUUUAUAACUUUGAGAAACCUGUGGUCAUGAAGGCAUUUGAGCACUUACAACAAUUGGAAUUAAUAAAACCCGUGGAAAGAACGUCAGUGAAUUCUCAGAGAGAAUACCAGCUAGUGAAACUACUUUUGGAUAAUACUCAAAUUAUGAAUGCUCUACAGAAAUACUCCAACUGCCCUACAGAUGUUAGGCAGUGGGCAACAUCCUCACUAAGCUGGCUCUGAAGAUUUUAAGUACAUUCUGUGAAGACCUAAAAGUGCUGCUCUUUAAUAAGAUACGCUACUACAUUGCUUUGUUGACAAAUAUUGUUUAUGGGAAAUUUGCACUUAGUAUCUUGGCUAUGUUUUGAAUACUGACCACGCAUGGACACAGUUUAUUAAUUUAAAUUGCACCACACAAGUAGCAGUUCAUAAGAAUAAAAUGUGCUUAUUUUA